AAAGAAAGAAAGAAAGAAAGAAAGAAAGAAAGAAAGAAAGAAAGAAAGAAAGAAAGAAAGAAAAGGAAGGGGACAUACACAGAAGCACAGAAGCUCAGAUCGCUACACAGAAUGAGCUGUAUAAUUUGAGAAAGCAAGAGGAAAAAAAGGGAUGGAGAAAGGGAUACCAGAGGGAGACGUCCAGCCACAGGUCAGAGGAGAAGGAGCAGGGUUGAGGGAGUGAAGGACAAAGAUCCCAGAGAAAGGAGACAAGUGAUGCGGAGUUGCUGAUGCUUCUAGAAGAAGACCGAGAGGAGAGAGCAUCCUCCCUCGGACAAAGAGACCGCACGGCUUGGUUUAUCUUCACAGAACAGCGCUGACGGCAAAGACAUCUCAGCAAAAAAAAAAAAAAACAGGAACGAGGAGGCGAGAAAGGACUGAAACAAGACAAGUGCGUAGACAGACAGGUACGUAGAUGGACCAAAGGAAUCCUAUCAUGGGACUGAGGCACCAAACUGUUAUCACUCUUUCUGCUUAGUUGGGAAAACUAUUUGAAAGUCCAAAUAAACCAUCCUUCACUCCCACCUCUGAGGAAUUCAGGAGCCUUGGAGAUUUAAGGAGUCACAGCAACAGCUUUUUGGAGCAUUUUACGACACCUUCCAAAAAAGGCCUCCUCCCCAUUUCUUAUCAUUGAGCCACUGCAAGGGUCACACAGGGUCACCUGACCACCGGACCAAGAACUUAUUCUUUCUUUCUCACGCACUCAAGUUGAUGUGUAACACAUCCCCAGCCAAAAACAGGAAGUUAAGCAGCGGGGUUGAGCAAGAAACAUAUUUAAAGCAGGGCGCAGGAUAUCGUUUCAGACAAUACCUCGUGGACCUUUCUGAACUGCCUGUAACCAACCCUCCGCUAACCUGUACUGUAUGUGUACAUGUGAGAAUCUCUGUGCAUAUGAGAUUAUUUAUUGGUGUUAUCUGUAUGCUGAACAGUUCUUGUGUGUGAAUAGCCAUCAGAGACAGCACAUCAACAUCAGCAUAAGUGAGUUAAAACAAAAAAACUACCUUCAAGUAGUCAACACUGGUCAGAUACUGUAAGCUGGACUGUUAAGUCAUUUGUACAUAUUAGCUGUGACAGAAUAAGAGCUGCAGCUUGUGGUGCUCUGGCAAAGCUCUCCUAUCUGUCUCCACCUCAUAAAGACUCAGGCUGACAGUAGUGCCCACCAAGAGGGCGGGCCGAUCUCUGAGGAAAACAUGGAGGCAACCAUCCGUCCCCAUGUUCCCUCUAAUGGCUGACUUCAAAGAAAGACUCUAAUCUUUUUGCCCUUGCACAGAACCAGACUGGGUUGUCCAGUGCUGAUUAAAGCCACAGCCUCUCUCUUUUUUCCACUUCCAAAAUCGUGCGAAUGUCCUGCCUCAGGCGUCAGCCCGUCACCAUCCCGAUGGACACCGUCAAGAUCAUCCAGUCUGAGAAGUUUCCCAGAGAGUGCCCUGUGCCCGUCACCCAACCGCGCUAUGCCCCACCCCCUAGAGUGGCGUGGGACGGUGGAGGUGAGGGCGAAAUCAUUGUCAACCAGGCCUGCAGCGACCUAACACUGGACAUAGCAGGGUCUCCCAGGCCGAUGGUAUCCCCCCCGGCCCCCGUGAUGCGCAGGGAUCAGAGCUUCCUUGCGCAGCGCAAAACCAGUGCCAAUGAAAUCUGCUACCACCAGUUCCACUACAAGAUGGACGACGUCAUAGUCAAUCAAUACGUGCUGCGUUCCUCUUCCACCUCUUCCUCUUCUUCCUCCUCCUCCUCGGGACCCGUCAUGCCGUGUGAGCCCCUGGAUUGCCCCACCUGUGGCCACACCUAUAACUUUGCCGGGAAGCGGCCGCGCAUCCUCUCCUGCCUGCACUCAGUGUGUGAGGAAUGCCUGCAGAUCCUCUACGAGUCCUGUCCCAAGUACAAGUUCAUCUCCUGCCCCACGUGUCGGCGUGAGACAGUGCUGUUCACUGACUAUGGCCUGGCUGCUCUGGCCAUCAACACCAGCAUCCUGAGCCGCUUGCCCUCUGACCCCAACGGGCCCGUGCAGUGGGGCGGGGACGCCGACCGGAGCUGCUACCAGACUGUGCGUCAAUACUGCCAGUCAGCCUGCACCUGCCAGAUUGCCAACCCCUUGUCUUCCUGUGGCAUCAUGUAGACAGGGAGAGGCACUGCAGGCAUGACUCGAGACCGCCCCACCACCAUCACCACCACCACCACCACCACUCCUCGUCUAUAAGCUCUGCUUGUUCUGCCAAUCCCCCCUCACUCACACAUACGGUAAAUAAAUCCCUCCAUAGAUGUUAUCUCUAUAUAUUUAAUAGCACAGAUGGAUGCUGUGUGGGACAAACGGAUGCCGGUGGUUCAAUAAAUAGUAAAUAAAUGUAUUUUAUGUAUGGACUGGAAUCCUGUUCACCCUCUCUCGUUUGGUUGGACGUGUUUGUCUUUGACAUCUCUUUACAUGGGAAUGCCUGGGGAGGUCCGUCUCCCCCACCCUAGGUGAAUAAAGAUUAUCUAAAUGAGAAACAGCA